AUGCCCCCAGGCCGCCCCAGGGAGCCACCUCUGCUGUGGAGCUCGGUGCCUGGAGCUCCCCCAGUUCUCCCCGGGGACUCCCUGGAUGCCCAGAGGGCCCUCUCAGCUCUCCUGAGCUUGGCCCCGUCCUCUUCAAGCUUCGCAGCAGAACAGCUCUCCGAGCCAAACGCUAGCACGUUCGUUCCCGCCCUCGUGGACGCACGGACGCACGCGUUCAUUCAUGUGCUGAGCACCGACCCCGUGCUGGGGAGACAGAAACAAGAAGAUUCUGUUCCUGGCUAUAAAAUCGGAGUCCCCCUUGUGCUUAUUGGGAACUGGUUGGGGGACUACAAGGGCAGCAUGGCCCUCCACUUUAGGACAGGCUGCGUUGUCCUGUAGCAGUUCUACACCACAAAGAAGCCUGUGCCUUUCGGCCAGGGCUGUGUGUUCCCUGUGGUCCUGACAACAGUGCUGAGAGCUUUGGGCAUCCCAGCGCGCAGUGUGACUGCCUUAGAGUCAGCUCAUGACACAGAGAACCUCACAGUGAAUGUCUACCUGGACGAGAAGGGCAAGGUCAUCUCCAGUAUGAGUAACGACUCUAUCUGGAGUUUCCACGUAUGGACAGAUGCCGGGAUGAAGCGGCCGAAUCUGCCCAAGGGCUAUGGUGGAUGGCAGGCUGCAGACAGCAUGCAGCAGGAGCUCAGCCAGGGUGAGCUGGGGUGGGCACCAUUACCCCUGGUUGCCAUCCACAACGGUGACAUCUUCCUAGGCUAUGACACCAAGUUCAUCUUCUCCAAAGUGAACACUGACCAGCUCACUUGGCUGAUGAAAUCAGUGAAUGGGAAUAUGGAGUUGAAUAUGAUCUUGGUGGAUCUUAGGAGCAUUGGGAAAAAGAUCAGCACCAAGGCAGUAGGCUAGGACAGUCAGAGGGACAUCACCAACGAGUACAAGUACCCAGAAGCAGAUGAAGAGAUCAAAUCUUGGCCUGACACAAACAUAGUUGGCCGACAGCUUAUUUGCAUUUGCAGCCUCGAGAACUCCCUGAGCAUCCCUUUGACCAAUGCCAAGUUCUCCUGGGAAAGCCUGAGCAUCUCCCCACACGUGAAGGAUUCUUGGCUGAUCGCAUGUCUGCGUGCCUUUUCAUUUUCCAGGACCGUGAUGCCUGGUGAGACCAUCAGCUUCCAAAUAAAAGGUGCCCCAAUGAAAACUAGAUCCAGGAAAUUUAUCAUCAAGUUUAGCUCCAAUGAAAUGAAAGAAGUUUGUGCUGGGAAGAUUAUUCUCAUUACCAACUAGUCUUUCCCUGAUGCUGUGGAAACAGGGGGGCAGGAGCCCACUGGCUCUGAGGCUUGGCUGAGCACUUCAGCAUCUCCUAGUUGGGGAUGAGCUUUCAGA